AUGGAGAAAGCUGCUCUGAAGAUGAAAGUAGUGGAGAUGAAGAAAAUCAGACGGGUGACUGCUGGCAAUGGUGAGACUGCUGGAGGUAAAGUGGUGGCUGGAUUGUGGGCUAAGGUAGUAGGUAGUGUUGCAAGAGUUACAGCAGAUGUUUGGGCAAAGGGUGAGGUUGUGGGCUGUCGGAUGGCUGCAAGUGGAGAGGAUGAAAUUGUGGGCCGUAGGGUGGCUAGAAUUGUUGAAUUGGAGGGGCUGCGUAGGAAUUGCAGGGGUAGGGGACUACAACAUAGCUUGCAAGUUAUUGUAGGAGGGGUUGCAAGUUACAAUUCAGCUUCGGAAGACAGCAAGAAACUGCAUGAAGAUGCAGAAGAAAAUUGCACAAGAGAUUAUCAAAUAAUGGCGGUGACAAUCAAGGGCUCUUAUAUAGUGAAACCUGCAAAACCAACAUGGACUGGCCGCGUUUCCCUUUCUGCAUGGGAUCAAAUUGGAACAAUAACGCAUGUUCCCACUAUCUACUUCUACAGACCAUCACCAAACUGGCUUACACCAUCCGAUGCUAUUAUCAAUAACCUUAGAGACUCAUUGAGCCAUGCCUUGGUGCCAUUUUAUCCACUAGCCGGCCGGUUACACUGGAUAGGCCGUGGCCGACUCGAGCUUGAGUGCAAUGCCAUGGGUGUCAAGCUCACUGAGGCUGAAUCUGAAUCCAAGCUUGAAGAUUUUGGCGACUUUUUACCAUCUUUAGAGUACGAAUACCUAAUCCCAAAUGUCGACUAUACUGUUCCAAUACAUGACCUACCUCUAUUGCUAGUGCAACUCACCAAGUUCCAAUGUGGUGGUAUUAGCCUAAGUCUAACAAUAUCUCAUGCUCUUGUUGAUGGGCAAAGUGCACUUCAAUUCAUGUCAGAGUGGGCAAGAAUCGCCCGUGGCGAGCCUUUAGGGACGGUUCCUUUUCUUGACCGAAAGGUCUUGCGAGCUGGGGAUCCCCCAAUAGCGCCGCCACAGUUUGAUCAUGCGGAGUUCGAUCUUCCACCAUUACUGUUGGGGCAGUUGAAUAACGUCGAAGAGAGAAAAAGAAGACAACUAUAG